AAUGUCACAUCGACUUGAAGUAUCUUAUGCCUACCGUGUUUGUUUGCGGUUUGGGAGGCAUGUGGGUUGUGCCUGGACUUGUUUCAUCACUGGACGCUAUGAGGAAGCGAUACAGUUGGCGAUGAAAAUACGAAACGAGGAGCUUGCAAUACAUUUUAUCCGCAGUAUCAGAGGCAAUAAUGAGAAGGAGAUUCGUCACAUGCUAUGGAAUAGGCUUGCUACCGCAACGGCUAAGAACGGGGGUGGUGGGUCAAGACGUGCCCUGCAGCUUAUUGCGGAGAGUGAGGGUGAUUUGAACGUCAGUGAUGUACUGCCGCAUCUUUCUGGCGACGUGAUGAUGCAGGAGUUUCGUGAAGAACUUCUGGCGAGUGUGUCGAUCUUCAGUAAUACUCUGGUGAGUAUCAAGCAGGCAAUUGAGGUGUCUUUGAAGGACGUGGAGGCAAUAAAACGAGACAUGGAGAAUAUUCAGCGACGUCCCUUAAAGUUGCCAUCGACGCAGCGUUGUGCCGUAUGUGGAAAAGCCGCAUUGACGCGGCCAUUUGUAGCGUUUAAUGGAUGUCGACAUGUUUACCAUAAGAGGUGUUUUGAUGCCUGUCGUGCAAAAAUGGAGGAUCAACUUCGCUCUCUUAAGGAUUUGUCCACUUCACUGCCGGUGCACACAGAGGAAGAGAUUGAGUGCAUGCCUCUUGCAAAUGUGGAGCUGGAGUGUGUGUUUUGCAGUCGCAGAUAUCUGCGGCUGUUUCUGACAGUUCCAUUAUCGAACAAUAUCACGAGCAGUUCACUGCGAUUGCCAUAG